CCAAGAACAGGCCUUACAGCUUCGGGGAGCAACGACGUGUUCGCUUUAGAAGUGACGUUGGCUGGCUGCUCUCUUCUGUUGCAGAGCUUACAUUGCAGCUGCAGCUAUGCCGGCAUCGCCAAGUUCAACGAAUGUUGGGGCUGGAGGCAGGUCACCGAAGACGGUGGCAGCGCCGCGUUCCUCGGGAGGUUCUACCGUCAAGCAGAGGAAAACUACCUCGGCGAGCAGUGGCAGGACACGUACUCCAGGGGCAGCUGGUGGUGGAAUGUGGAAGUUCUACACAGACGACUCUCCAGGAAUUAAAGUGGGUCCUGUGCCAGUUCUGGUGAUGAGCUUGCUGUUCAUUGCCUCUGUGUUCAUGCUUCACAUCUGGGGAAAGUACACAAGAUCUUGAACAAGCUGGCUGCAGCACACACACCUGCAACGUCGCACCUCUCUGCUGCCCUCUUGGGACCACUGUCUCGACUGCUGCUCCUUCAUCUCCAAGCAAAGACUAUGUACAUUUGAUUUAAUACAUGUGUGAGAACUUCA